AUGACUCAAAAAAGUGAAAGUAAGAGUUCAGCUGAGCUUGAUCAUAAAAAUGAUCAAAAAGUUGGUGUUAAACAUAUAGUUGAUGGUAUUACAAGUGAUGAAGAUGAUCAAAUAAUCACUGAAAAACAUGCAGAUGUUACAUUAAAGUUAUUUGAAGAAUAUGAAGCAUCAGCAGGUGAAUUAACACCUGAAUUAGAACGUCGUAUUAAAUGGAAAUUAUGGACAAUAAUUUUACCAAUUGUAUUUUUCGUUAAUUUUAUGUUAUUUUUGGAUAAAAAUGCAAUGGGGUAUGCUUCAUUAUUAGGUUUAUUUGAAGAUGCUGAUUUAGAUCAACAAAAAUAUAAUGAUUUACAAACAAUUUUCUAUGCAGGUUAUAUUUUAUUUCAAUUACCAAGUCAUUGGGCUUUCCAAAAAUUUAAAUUAUCUCAUUAUAUAAGUGCUGUUACUGUUGUUUGGACUAUAACUACAUUUACCACAUUAUCAGUUAAAGAUUUUGGACAUCUUGCAGCUAUUAGAUUUUUUUUAGGUGCAUUUGAAAGUGGUGUUACAGCUGCAAUUCAACAUACUAUUGCAAUGUGGUUUACACCAGCGGAACAAGCUAUUGUUAAUCCAAUUUUUUGGAUUUCUUGUAUUGCUCAAGGUAUACCAGGUGGGUUAACUGCAUAUGGUACACAAUUUGUUCCUAGUAUAUCACCAUGGAAAGUUUAUUGGAUAAUUAUUGGUGGGUUAAGUGCAAUUUUAUCAAUUUCAAGUUUUUUCUUUUAUCCAGAUAAUCCUGCAACUUAUAAAUAUUUUACUGUUCAAGAACGUAUUCAUGUUAUCAAGAGAAUUAAAGCAGCUACACAUUCAUCAAUUGAACAGAAAACUUUUAAAAAAGCUCAAGCUAUAGAAGGUUUAAAAGAUCCUAUUACAUGGUUAUUUGGUAUUUAUGUAUUUUUAUCAAUGCUUUGUAAUAAUAUUAGUUUCCAAUCUGCAAUUAUUUAUAAAAAUUUAGGAUUUUCAAAUUUAAAUUCUACAUUAGUUUCAGUUGCAUCAUCAGGCUGGACUACAAUUGCAUCCAUUUGGGGUUCACUUUGUUUAGUUUAUUUUAGAACUCAAAGUGCACAUGUUGGUACUUUUUUCGCUUUAAUAGCAUUAUUAGGUGGAAUAAUUGCAGUUGCUAUACCAUUUCGUUAUAAUUAUGGUAUAUUAGCAGGUAUUUUUUUAACAAAUUCUAAUGCAAAUACAUUUAUUAUGGCAUUUUCAUGGUCACAAUCAAGUGCGGCAGGUUAUUCUAAGAGAUUAAUAAGAACAGUUAUUUGGUCAGUUUUCUAUGGUGCUUCAAAUUUAGCUGCUCCACAAAUAUGGAAAGCUAAGGAUAAACCACGUUAUAGACCUGCUUGGAUCAUCAUGAUUAUAUGUUCAUGGUUCUUAGCACCAUUGAUUUUACAAGUUAUUAGAUUUAUCUUAGCAAGACGUAAUAAACAAAGACUUCAAUUGUUACAAGAUAUUAAAGAUGGUAAAAUUGAAGAUCCACAUGGAUUUAUUACAAGUAUUGAUGAAGAAGGUAAUAAAAUCAAGACUGAAGUUGAUGUUUCAAUGUUAGAUUUAACAGAUUGGGAGAAUAAAAAGUUUAUAUAUCCUUUAUAG